AUGUUUGCAGCGUUGAGUGAUGAACGGGCGACGUGGAAGGUAGCCUCCAAGCUGGAAAAGAGAUCACUUUUAUUCUCCGUUAACUGCCUUGCUGGUCUUGCGAUUUUUUCCUUCGGCUAUGACCAGGGAUGCUUCAUGGGCGAUUAUGUCAGUGAUCGAUUCGGUCGCAUCAAGUCAUUUGCCUUUGGUGCUGCUUGGGGGAUACUUGGAGCAGCACUCCAAUGCACAGCAAUAAAUCCGACAUGGAUGAUCGUAUCGCGCCUUAUUAACGGCGUUGGCACGGGAAUUUUGAACGCUACUGUACCGGUAUACGGCUCCGAGCUUGCUGACUAUGAGUCUCGUGGAAUGUUCAUCGCAAUGGAGUUCACAUUGAAUAUUGUCGGUGUAGAAGCAAUGUAUGUCCUCGAGCGUCUUCGUGGUUCCGGCAACGAGCGUGCGAUCAGGCUGGAAAUGUCAGAGAUCGAAGCCAUGGUCGAAUUAGAGGCUGAGUCGGAGGCAAAUAUCACAUAUUUCCAGAUGCUAUUCGGGACUGGCCAGGGAGACUUGCAUAUUGCGCGACCCAUCUUCAAAAUUGCUGGCUUCGACUCUCAAAAGACCAUGUGGAUCUCGGGGCUUAAUAAUAUCUUCUACGCAUGUGCAACAUUGAUUUGCGUUGUAACAUUGGAUCGAAUUGGUCGGCGCUGGACCCUGUGGUGGGGAGCAGCAGGUCAAGUGGCUGCUAUGUUCCUCGCGGGUGGUAUGGCUCGUGGUGGAAUCGCCAAUCCGGAUAACCAGGCUCCAUGGGGUAUUGCAGCGACCUCGAUGGUUUAUCUGUAUACCUUCGUCUUUGGUGCUACAUGGCUCACUGUACCGUGGCUAUACCCAGCAGAAAUCUUCCCUUUGAAAGUUCGGGCCAAAGGGAACGCUUGGAGUGUUGCGGGAUGGAGUGUGGUAAAUGGGUCCUUGACAUUGGCACUUCCCUACGUUUUUGCUGCCAUUGGAGAGAACACCCUACAUGUAUUUGGCGCAGUAAAUCUUAUCAGUAUCCCUAUUGUAUGGGCUUUCUACCCUGAGCCUAGUCAGCGUAACCUGGAGGAGAUCGACAUGCUGUUUAUCUCUAAAUCCCCCUUUGUGUGGGAUGCAAAGUCGAACUUCGCGAGACUCAUGGCUGAGAACCCACAUUUUGGAGCGGCUUGUACUCGAAAAAGUGUUGUGAAUGAUCCUGAAAAAGAGAUGAAUCUUCAAUGUGAACAUGAGGAGAUAGUCUCGACUCAUAGAAAUUGA